AGGAUGCGUUCUUUGAUUGGAUUUCAAACGAUGUGGAAUUUCCAGACGGUUACGCAUCUAAUUUGCGUAACUGUAUCGACAGAAAGGAAGGAAAGUUUACUGGCUUGAAAAGCCAUGAUUGCCAUGUAAUGAUACAGCGCCUCCUUCCGUUUGCCUUCAAAGAACUAUUACCACGAAAUGUUCAUGAAGCAAUUGCAGGGAUGUAGAGACGCAGGAGUGGUGAACAUAAUGGGGAACACAGUGAUACGAGCCAGGAGGGAAGCAAGGUUCUACAAGAUAAUAGCCAUUGAUUACGUGUAUACAUUUCUUAGAAAGAUUUGUAGAGAAAAUAGUGACAUCUUAAUGUUCCUCGUGAAAGCCUUGCUUUUUGAGAAAUUGUUUUUUGUGUGUUUAAUUAAGUACAUUUUGCUUCUGCUUACUCGAUCGGUCGAUUAUCGGUAACUUUGUAAAAAUAAAGACAGUAGUUAUUAAUAUUUAUAUACGAAGCAAUGUGAAAAUAAUAAUAACAAAUAUUGCCACAAAACAUAUUAAACAAAAAUUGAUAAAUUAAUUAGUUAUGAAAAUAUGUAUACCAUUUAAAAGACACGAAUCCUCUUACAACUUAUAUCACUUUAUAGAAGAUGAUUAAUGUUACUGAAGUUAUUGAAAAAUAAAUGAUACGAAGUCCAUUCUCAUUUAAGAUACUAGAUUUUGACUCGUGCUUUCAAAGUACAAAAAUUUGUUUAUUUUUAAAAUUUUGAUCAAAUUUUGUUAAUUAUAAGAUUAUAUAUUUUAUAUAAGAUAAUCUAAUCUAUUUAUAAUUUUGUUGUUCUUAUGUACUUAAAAUAUACUUCUAUGUUGGACAUGAUAUAAAAAUGUAUUUAUACUCAUAGAAAUUGUUUUAUGAGUUUAAAAAUUAGAUGGAGUGAAUUUUAUAAUUUUGUAUUGUUUAUACUUAUUGAUCUAAUUAGUAGAGGUGAAUAUAGUAAGUUAAUUUUUCUUUUUCCAGCCAACAUUAAUUAUAGGUUGAUCUAUUUGUUUUUCUUUUUUCUAGAGUUAAAUAUUUUCGGUGAGUCUCAUGUAGUUUUUCAUUUUUGUUUUCUUUGUUUUAACGAUUUUAAUGGGUCCCAUCAUAAUCUCAAAAUAUUUUUUUCAAUGGCAUAGAAUCAAUAUUAUUAAAACUAAAGUAUAUUUUGGUACUGUUUGGAAACAUAGAUAGCAGUAUAAAUGAGAAUUUUUUGGAAACAUGUAGAACAAUAUAAAAAGAAGUAUAAUAUCCUUUUAGAAAUUUCAUUAAUAUAAUUACAUUAAUUGUUUUUUACAUUUCACUCAGUUAAACAAUUUCAUUGAUUAUAUUACCGUAAUAAUAGCAUAUUUUUUUUAUUAGUUUUUAACAUUAACUUGGUGCCAAUUAUAAAAUUAAAAAUAUAAAAUAACUAGGUUUUUGUUUUACUAAAAUCUAUUUUUUUUUAAUUUUAGUUUUAAUCGGUGAAAAAUUACGUAGCUAAAAAUAUAAUUCAAAGACAUGAAUUUAUGAAUAAAUAUAAUUUAAAUAAAAAUAAUAAAAAUGUAUUAUAUUUAUUAUCACUUAAUUUUUCACUCUAUAUAAUUAUUUUACUAAAUAAAAAAUUCUUUCUAUUUCACUUAAUUUAGCCAAACACAUAAAAAUAUUUUUUUAUUGGUUUAUAAAAUCAAUUAGGCAUGAACAUUGACUAUCCAUUUAAGUACAAGUUGUUCUUUUUGGGUAUCAUUUUUUUUUUUUGAAAUUAGGUUCCCUUUGAAUAUUAUAAAUUUAUGUGUGGAUUUUGAGUUGGGUCCUUCUCGGUCUAGAUGAGUUCGGUUCUAAUUUAUAAGAACCUAAAAAUAUCUAAAUAACAAAUGUUUCUGGAACGGGUUCAAAUAUUUGUACCUUAAUAACCAAAUUACUCGAUUCAGUCUAUGUCUUUUGAAUACAAUUAGUUAUAUUACGAUACAUUUAAAAUAUAUAACACUAAUUAUACAAAACAAAUAUCAAUAUAUUAAAAUGUAAGAACUAAUAUACGUGGGUGCGCGGAUCAAUACCUAGUUGUAAUUAUAGUGUCAAACUAUGGAAAAAACCUAGGAAUGGUUGAUUUCUCUAUUAGUUUAGUUAUACAAUAGUUUUUCUUCAAUCGCAUGCAUAAAAUAUUGACUAUUUAGUAUAAUGGUUGUCAGCGUGGCGAAUCUACGUAUAGCAAGAGGGUGGCAAUUGCCCCAUGAUAAUUUCAAAUUCUUUGUAAUAUAAGUUUUAACUAUUUUCUCUUACUAAAAGUUACAUUUUGAACUUUUUUUUUGUAAAUGUGUAAUUUGCCCCCCUCCAAAAAUUGUCAGUUGACUUGUCUAUGUCACCAUCCAAGUUUGAAUAUGAUAGAAUACAUAUUAUUAACAAAAAGCAUAUAUGGCGCAUUUCAUUGGAUUACAGGCUAGGUGUGGUUUAGUUGUUGUUCACUUGUUUGCAACCGUAUUUUUUGCAUUAUUCAAAACUUUACGGGUGUGAUUGAUGUGUAACAAAGUAAAAAAGCGAAAAAGUGGAAAAGAGAGAAGAAACUAAAGAAUUUUAAAAAUUUGAUAAAAGUUGGAGAGGGAGAGAUUUAUUCCAAUUUUUAUUUCUUAAAAAGAGUAGGCUGAUUUUUUCACCAUUUUACACUUAAUUGAUUGAAAUUCAGAGUAAAUCAUCUUUAAUGGAGCACUAUUUUUCUCUCUAUAAUUUAUUUUAUUUUAGAAUGACUCUAUUAGAAAGUUGAAUUUGCUCUAAUUGUUUUAUUCUAUAAUACAGUUAUGCUAUUAUAAAAUAAAAUAUAGAAAGAUGUAACAAUUUUACUCUUGUAAACUGAAUGAAAUUCAAAAUAAUACUAUUUACAAUGGAGCACUAUUUUUUCUAUAUUUUAUUUUAUUUUAGAGUAACUCUAUUAUAAAAUUACUCUUAAAAUAAAGUAAAUUAUAGAAGAAAAAUAGUGUUUCAUCGGAAAUGCUCUAAACUAACAAAAUAUGUUUUCAACUAUUUUUACUCUACACAUGUUAAACAGUCAUGACAUACGUACAUUUGUAACACUAAUACAAAAGCACCUCCAAUAAAUGUUUCUAAGAUUGAUAUCUAAUAAUAAAAGAUUUGAAAAUAAUAAAAAUUGAAGAGAGAAGAAGUUCUAAAGUAAGAGCUUCAAGACCUCAUUAGAAACUCAUGUGACACUUAUCAUUUUAUGAUUGAUAUAAUUAUGUUUUUCUAAUUAAAAUUUAGCUAAACAAUUGAUUUAUAUUAAAAUAUUAAUAUUUUUCUGUUUACUGACUUUUCAUGGUGGUUGCUGUAAGGUUUGAUUGUUUACUGUUUAACAAACGAAGAGAAAAAGUCUAAUACCUUUUAAUUAUAUUUGUUUAAUAUUUAAACAGUUUUACCUUUCUGAGUAAUUAAAUUUUAUCUCUGAUACUAUAAGAGAAAAUACAAUUCGUUUUUGUCGCAUAUAAAGACGGGGCAACUUCUAUUUUUCUUGGAACAAGACGGGUCAACCAUCUAGUUAAAAUCACAAAUAAAUUCAUGAUAUGAGUGCACGUUGCCAUGACAACAAUUUGAUAGUCACUUACUUGCCUUUGAAAUUACAAUGUAAUUAAGUUGGUGGUCUAUUAUACGCAUCCAUUUCUUAGAAACAGCAAUAAGACUAUUCAAUUUAAUAUAGAUUUGCUGUCAAAAAAAAAAAAAUUUAAUAUAGAUAUGAAUCUGCAAACAAUUAUAACCAUACAAAGAAAUAAAUUUGACUGAUGAUUAAAAUAUGAUCACAAGGAAAAUGGCGACCGGCUCAGGCCACGUUAAGGUCGGGGAUCGAGAGUCGCAGACGCAGAAACAACGGCACCUACAUCAACUGAUAGACGUGAGGAAGACUGUUUAUUUCUUCACUUUUACAGUCUUUCUCUCUCCACUUAUCUACCAUUCGGCGUCUCGUAUCACAGUACUACCCCUGCCGCAACUUUCAAACAUUUUCGCGUUCCAGCCGCUUCUGAUCGCUGCCAAAGACAACACCGAUAAGUUGGAAGCAGAAGAUGGGAGAGAUUUGGCUAGAAUCUUGAGAGAAUCAUCGAUGAUCGAAAACAAGACGGUGAUAGUGGUGAUGAUGAAUCAGGCUUGGGCAGAACCGAAUUCGAGUUUCGACGUGUUUUUUGAAGGCUUCCACGCUGGGGAAGGAACGGAGAAGCUGCUCCGUCAUGUGGUGGUGGUGUGUUUGGACGAUGAGGCUUAUUCACGGUGCAACCAUAUACAUCCUCGCCGUUGCUUCUUGCUAAAGACUACCGGAGUUGAUUUCUCCGGUGAGAAACUGUACAUGGCGCCGGAUUAUCUCAAGAUGAUGUGGCUUCGAACCGAGUUCUUGGGUUCUUUGCUUAAGCUCGGAUAUAACUUCCUCUUCACGGACAUGGAUACAAUAUGGCUUCGUGAUCCAUUCCCUCGAUUAUUAGCUGAAGUAGAUUUCCAAGUUGCUGGAGAUUACUACAACUUCAAUGGAAACUCCAGCGACUUACGUAACGGAGCCAACGGAGGCUUCAACUUCGUCGUGUCAAAUUGUAGAACAAUCGCGUUUUACAGUUAUUGGUAUGCAUCAAGAUUAAGGUUCCACCAAAAACAUUUUUUUUUCAUUUUCAAUAAAUAGAUAGAUACGUUCUUAAAAAGGUGAAUUAGUAGCAUAACCAUAUUGAAAAAAUAUUAAGCAAAUGAAUGAAUGACCAUGUAAUAAAGUAAGAGGUUUGAUAUGACAAUUCACAUAAAAACAUACCACUUUCUCAUUUUAGGCGCAUGAACGUUUAGCAAAUGCGCUGUAUGAUUAUGAUAUACUACAUUUGUUAGACAUGCUAUAUUCAUACAUUUUUUGUUAUACUUUCAUCUUUUUCGACGCUUUGCUUUAGAAAUUGCUUUCAACCAUCGAAGCCAAAUUUACCUGCCGGGUUUAAGACAUACACGAACAAUUGGUGAGUUAACAUCAAGAAAGACAUACACAAAGAAUUGUUAGAGUUGGCACCGAAUGAGGAAAAUGAAGAAGAUGGGAAAGAAGAGGGGGAAGAGGAGGAGGACGAUGAUAAAAAAAAAAGAUAUGACUCAAAGAACAGUUAGUGGAAGAUAAUGUGAAGAAUGAGGAGUUAAGAAAACAAAUGCAAGAAAAA